GAGCAAGUCCUGCUUCUUCCUGCUACAUCUCUGCCCCUCCAGCAGCGGCUUCACCCCGGGCUCCCCAUCCGCAGCAGGGUAUGGAGGGGCCACAUCAUGCCAAGCCGUGCAGUCUGAGCUUCCAUGGUCACUAUGCCAUGCACUGACUGCAAAACACGGGCUCCAAGGCUGGCACCAGCGGCAGCAUGGACUAUGAAGCUGCCCAGCUGGAGAAUCAGCAUGUGCACAGUGUGUAUGAAAGCACAGCUCCGUACUUCAAUGAAGUGCAGAGUAAAGCAUGGCCAAAAGUCCGACAGUUUCUGCUGGAGCAAAAGGCAGGCAGUCUCGUUGUUGAUAUAGGUUGUGGUACAGGAAAGUAUCUCAGUGUGAAUUGUAACACAUACAAUCUCGGCUGUGAUUACUGUGAACCUCUGGUGGAAAUUGGUAGAAAUGAUAACCUUGAAGUCAUGGUUUGUGACAACCUGAAUCUACCUUUUAGGGACAACUGUUUUGACACUGUCAUCUCUAUUGGAGUGAUUCAUCAUUUUUCCACUAAGCAAAGAAGAAUUUGUGCAAUAAAAGAAAUGGCAAGGAUUUUGUCUCCCGGUGGUCAGAUGAUGCUGUACGUUUGGGCAAUGGAACAAAAAAGUCGUCGAUUUGAAAAGCAAGAUGUAUUUGUGCCAUGGAACAAAGCAUUACUGCCUCGACGGACUCCAGAAACAAACCAGUGUGAAAAUAAAGUUAACCCCAAGUCUCACGACAUUGGCUCAACAUUGGUUCAAGAGGCAGAGAGCAUAAACUUACAUAACUUGAAGCAGAGUUUUGAUGCCAAGCAAUUCCACAACACUAGCACCUGUAGAGCAAGUGAAGAAACAUGCUGCAUGAAGUUUCCUAAUGACGACAGCAGGCUGUACACUGCUAUUGGAAGAUCUAUUCGCUCAUGGUUCUUCUCCAGAUCCCUUGAUGAGUCCACCUUAAGGAGACAGAUUGAUAAGAUGAAGUCACUCAGCCCUGUUAGUGGGUGGGGGAAUAGCGCAGUGUCUGUGCAGCCUUCUCGACACUGUAGUUUAGACCUUGGGCACCAGAGGUUACUACUAAAAGAGCACAGUUUUGAUGACAACGAUGACGUUUUUAUCAAAGGCGAAUCGCACAAAAAGCAUCAAUGGUUUCUAGCUUUAGAUCCCUCAAAAAAUGAAAAUGGGGGACACGUUGGUUUGGUUCGAAAUGGUAUAAAACAAGAAUUUCAGACAGAUGCCAAAUACUGCAGCUGUGAGGGUGAGGUAGGUACCCAAAACAAAGUCUUAAAAAGAACUUCCACCACAGAGUCCAGCGACUCAAUCUUGGAUGAGACAGUGGCAGCCAGUGACCAAGAGGCAGAUGCUUUUGACUUAAAGGCAUACAUGCGAUAUUAUCAUGUUUUCCGUGAGGGAGAGCUACGUAGUCUCUUGGAAAACGAUGUUCCAGAACUUAGCAUCAUAAGUUCUUCCUAUGACCAUGGUAACUGGUGUAUAAUUGCAAAAAAACUGAAUCUCAUCCCAUAAGUAUUUUAUUUUUACAUGAAGUCAUAUUUAAUCUGUACUAAUAAGUUUUAACGUAUUUCCUUUUUGUACUGAAAAAAUAGUAAUAAUUUAGUUUUUAAUUUUAUUUGUUACAUGUGCAAAUUACAAUACUUGAAACCAAUCUUUUAUACAGAUUAGCCAUUACUUGAUAAUAGUGUAUUUUUACUAUUCUGGUUUCCUAUUAUAAAUAUUCUUUUAUUUAUUUUUUAACAAGAAAAGGGUAAUGAAGCAAUACUGAUUAUGGAAAUAGACGUCUUUACUGGAGGGUUUUGUAGCUGCCACCCUUCAUUAGUGGUUCGUUAACCUGCACAUGUCUGGUAAUUGGUAUUAUCAAGAUAAUUAGAGGAAAUAUAGAUUAUUAGCAUUCUUUUACUAGGAAAUUACCUAAGAAGUACAAGGUUUUUUCCAUUUAAAUAUGGCAUAUAAAGGGCGCCUUUUAGAAACCUUUUUCACAGCAUUUUUUGCUGGGUUUUUUUUGGGAGGGAGAGACAAAUACACUGAAGACAGAUGUUAGCUAUAAGUCUUUAGCAAAAUAUAAAAUACACGUAAAAAAAACACUAUACAACUCUUCAGGUUUUUUUUAACGUGUGGCUUCACACACAAAAAAACGUGUAUGAAUCCAGCACAAGGUAGUUGUACUUCAUCUAGUGACAUCUACAGGAUCCAUGGUUUAUCAAGGGUCAAGGCCCUCAUACACUGCCCGAUGCAAGUGCCGAUGAAUGACAACACAUCCAUCGGUGCUCAUUUUCAAUA